GCGGCGGGUCCGGGUAGGACGCAGGGGGCCUCCUGGUACCGUGCUUGGCUUUGAAAUCCGGGCUCCCACGGAUCCGAGGCGAAGUCCCCACUCUUCAGCCUCAGUAUCCCCUGCUAAGGUAUUCAAGGGCGUUGGGGUGCUGCUGUCCCAUGAUUAACGUGGAGCCUGGGCCGUGGUAGUGGCUGCCACCUGAGCCAUGGACGAGGUCACCUUCAAAAGCGACACUGUGCUGUCAGACGUCCACCUGUACACCCCGAACCAGAGACACCUCAUGGUGCGACUCAACAGUGUGGGGCAGCCUGUUUUCCUGUCCCAGUUCAAGCUUCUGUGGAAUGAAGACUCUUGGGCAGACUCAGGGGUUGAGGGUGGCAGUCACGGAGGUGUUUGCGCAGAGGAGGCUCCUCCCGCUGGGACGGACAGCACGGGGUCCCCAUCGGGGUGUGGCCGCAGUAGUGAGGGGGCGGGAGCUCAGCUGGACGAGGAUGGCGAUUUGGACGUCGUGAGAAGACCACGGGCUGCCUCUGACUCCGACCCGGCGGGGCCUUCGAGAGACAAGGUACAUCCCGUGAUUCUAACGCAGGAAGAAGACGACCUCCUGGGAGACGAAGCCCAAGAAAGCAGCCCCCCCGAUGUCAUCAAAAUAGAGCACACCAUGGCCACCCCCCUGGAGGAUGUUGGCAAGCAGGUGUGGCGGGGCGCCCUGCUCCUGGCGGACUACAUCCUGUUCCAAUGGGACCUCUUCCAGGGACGCACCGUGCUGGAGCUCGGGGCGGGCACGGGGCUCACCAGCAUCGUCGCAGCCACCGUGGCGCAGACCGUGUAUUGUACAGAUGUCGGUGCCGAUCUCUUGGCCAUGUGCCAGCGAAACAUUGCCCUCAACAGCCACCUGACUGCUGCUGGAGGUGGCAUAGUUAAGGUCAAAGAACUGGAUUGGCUGAAAGACGACCUCUGCACAGAUCCCGAGGUCCCCUUCAGCUGGUCGGACGAGGACGUCUCCGACUUGUACAGCCACACCACCGUUCUUCUUGCAGCCGAAGUGUUUUACGACGAUGACUUAACUGACGCUCUCUUUAAAACACUCUUCCGACUUGCUCACAAAUUGAAAAAUGCCUGCAUAGCCAUUCUGUCUGUAGAGAAGAGGCUGAACUUCACGCUGAGACACCUGGACGUCACAUGCGAAGCCUAUGACCACUUCCGCUCUGCCCUGCACCGGCUGGAGAAGCUCGCUGGCGGCCGGCGGCGCUUCGUGGUGGAGCCCGUGGAAGCCUCCUUCCCGCAGCGCCUCGCGUAUGAGCGCAUCCAGCAGCUGGAGCUCUGGAAGAUCUGUGUGGAGCCAGUAACGUGAGCCAUCACAUCCGCAAGCACCACGGCUCGACUGUUCCUGUAGUAGCUUCCUAAUAAAAUCAGGAGCUCACACAGCAACGUGCUUGAGGUUUGAUCAUUUUCACAAUAUGGCAAAUGGACCUGAUAUGACCCCAGGUGGUUUCCGGGAGUCUGUCGCUGCCCCCACCAGCAGCUGGAGAACGCCGCUGCUCGGGCUGGGAGUCCAGCUAGUUGCGGGUGUUUUUCAAGCUGCCAGCUUGGAAUAUGUGUCCAGGAUGUUUCGAGAGCUGCUUGGUCAAGUUGGGCAAGUGUCCUCAACUUGAUUCCACUCAAGUCAGUUACUUUAACCAUGCACUUCCCUUGGGGGCAGGGGGCCAGGGCUGCACCACCAGUCUUUUAUGCUCCUCUCUGUGAACUGCUUACAAACGCUUUGAUAUCGUCGCCGUGAUUGCCGUAAUAACACCACUCAAGAUGGGGCACAGGAGCCUCAUUUCCCUCAAGGCUGCUUGUGCUCCGACCCUGUCCCUCUGGUGGCGCUGGCUCCUGAACUGAACUCGAU